UUGGUGGUGGACGUGCGUGCAUGUGUGUGUGUGCACGUGUGAAUGUGCCUGCAUGUGCGUGUGUGUGUCCGUGUGCGUGCAGAGCAAAUGGGGAUACAGUAGUAACCCAGAGUGAGGUGGCAAUCCUCCUCCACACUGACUUGUCUGUGCGUCGCUGCACUUGAGGAGCGAGAAGAAGAGGAGAGUGAAGAUGGCAACGCGAAGGGACUCUGGACGAACCGGGAUCUAGUUUCUUUCUCUGGCGUAUUUUUUAAUUUUUAACAUUUUUCUGGGGGAUAUUUCACUUGGAUCCACGGAGCGCGUGAUCGUGCAAGAAAAUAACAAAGUUGCGCUCGGCCCCGUUCGGGACUUCGCUCGUGUGGAAUAGCAACAAAGGACGGGAGCGCGCAUUCAUGGGACGCGACUUUGACAGCUCCUGGUUUCUUCACUUGUAACUUGGAAGGACAACAAAGCGGGGCCACGAUUGAGACUUGAUCUGGAGAACAUGGCCGAGGCGCAGCUAGCCGAGCCAGUGCCGGACCUGGACGUGGCCAUCGACCCGGACUUCGAGCCCCAGAAGCGCCCCCGAUCCUGCACCUGGCCGCUGCCGCGACCGGACUCGAGCGCGGAGAAGCCGGAGAGCAUCGAGGCGGACAUCAUCCCCGAGGAGGAGGACGAUGAGGAGGACGGUGCCACCCCGACGCGCUCCGGAGGGGCGGCGGAGGACCAGAGCAGCAACAGCCCCGUGGCCGCCGACGGAUCGCUCUCCUCCCCCGGACAGGAGAGUGGAGGCUCCCCGCUCUCCACGCACUCCCCGUCGGCCACCUCCGGCGCGCUGACUCCCAACAGCCUCGGCGGGCUGCAGACCCCGAGGAAGGCUUCGUCCCGCCGCAACGCCUGGGGGAACCUGUCGUACGCCGACCUGAUAACCAAAGCCAUCGAAACCGCGCCGGACAAAAGACUGACACUGUCCCAGAUCUACGACUGGAUGGUGAGAUCCAUCCCUUACUUCAAGGACAAAGGCGACAGCAACAGCUCUGCAGGAUGGAAGAACUCCAUCCGACACAACCUCUCCCUCCACAGCCGAUUCAUUCGGGUCCAGAACGAAGGAACAGGGAAGAGUUCCUGGUGGAUGAUCAACCCAGAAGGAGGGAAGGGCGGCAAGGCUCCUCGCCGCCGUGCAGUCUCCAUGGACAACAGCAACAAGUACACCAAAUCCGCCCGUGGCCGUGCUGCCAAGAAGAAGGCGGCCCUGCAAGCUGCAGCCGCUGCAGCUGGUGAGGGCGGUGGAGACAGUCCCUCAGGUCUCUCUAAGUGGCCCGGAAGCCCAACGUCACGCAGCAGUGAGGAGCUGGAUGCCUGGACAGACUUCCGCUCCCGUACAAACUCCAAUGCCAGCACUGUAAGCGGUCGCCUCUCACCAAUUCUGGCCAACCCAGAGUUAGAUGAGGUGCCCGAUGAUGAGCCACCUCUUUCGCCUAUGUUUUACUCCAGUCCGGGCAGAGCCCUUUCUCCUAGCAUCCCCACGACAAAUGGGAAAGCUGCGCCAGCUGAGCUGCCCCGCCUGGCAGACCUGGCAGGUACAAUGAACCUGAAUGAUGGACUCACGGAUGACCUGAUGGAUGAGUUGCUGGAAAACAUCAACCUGGUGCCAACUACUCCUAGCCAGACCCCUCCAAAUGGGUCCUCAGGGUUCAAUUUUGGGUCCAAACCCACCGGGUUAGGCUCACCUACCACCGCCUCCUCUCCACCGUCCAACUCUUCUAAUGGUGGAGUUAACGGCUUCAGUAACUCCAUCUUCGGCCCCCACCCAACGAGUUCCUCUCUACGUCCGUCCCCCAUGCAGACCAUCCAGGAGAACAAGCAGACUUCUUUCUCCAGCAUCAGCAUGUCUCGCUUUGGUAGCCAGACACUACAAGACCUGCUCAACUCCGACAGCCACAGCCACAGUGAUGUCAUGAUGACACAGUCUGACCCGCUGAUGUCACAGGCCAGCGCUGCAGCCGUCAUUUCCCAGAACUCUCGCCGGGGCCUCAUGCUCCGCAAUGAUCCUGUAAUGACCUUUGGAACUACCGGAGGACUUCAGGGCAUCCAAGGUGAGCUGCUGCAGAGUAACAACCACAACCAAAGCUCCCUGAGAUCUUUAAAUGGAGGCCUGAACCUUGCCAAUGAGGCUAACACUUUGGCUAAUGCUAAGCAGCAGCUCUUGCUCUCGCCCUUGGGAGGAAAUGGGUCUUCCUCCAUGCAGAUCGACACCUCGAUCUUCCUGAAUGGAACAAUCAGCAGCAGUGGGGGGAUCUGUCAGGACCGGUUCCCCACUGACCUGGACCUGGACAUGUUCAAUGGCAGCCUGGAGUGUGAUAUGGACUCCAUCAUCAGGAAUGAACUGAUGGACGCAGAUGGCCUGGACUUUAAUUUUGACUCUCUGGCCAACAUGAACGGAGUCAGCAACUUCACUAGCACCAAGCAGACCUCCGAGAGCUGGGUACCUGGCUGAUAUGCUCGGGCCAGGAAGGAGCAAAGCAGGUCUGAACUGUGCACUGCAAGAGAAGAUCAGAUGUACAACAUCCUUUUUGCCAAACCUGCCAUCAGCACAACGUAAAAUACAAACCCUAUGUUUACAGAAGAAGACUUCCUCUUGAGAGCUUUACCUUUGCUCCCACACUGGUGAACUAUGAGCGAUCUGACAGACUCUAGUGAUGCUGCACAUAUAAGCCCUCAACGCAUCCUGUGAAACAACAACAAAAAGAAGGAAAAGCUACGUCAAACAAUCACAACAAACUCACAAAUCUUAGGGUUAUGCAAUUUUCCUUUGACACCCAGUUUGUUGAUAUCAAAGAGACUCUGCCUAUCAGAAGGGGUUUCAGGCGGAAAGCAAGGACUGAAUAUCAAGCAAAGAAGGAAGAUGUGCACAGUGCAGUUAUUCCCGUUGAAGAUAUUAAAAAAAGUAGAAAACGUGUAAAUUGAAAAAAUCAAGAAGUUAUGUGGUGUAAAUCCUGGGACGUGUUAUGUCGAAAAAAAAUCCCUCUGUUCUCACCUAGUGAUUUUAAAUGUUCAGUGUUUUUUUGUUUUGUUUCUGCAUCAUUCAUGUCUGUACAAAGAGAACUGGUGUAUUGAUAAAAUGAAAAGAUGGAAAUAGAGUAUGUUACUCAUUUAGCAGCCACACAUCCACACACACACACAGACAAACUUACACGCUGACCCAGUUUGCAAGAUCUCAGAACCGUAGAAGUUAAACUUUCCUCGAUAUAAAGCCAUGCACGACCCGUUUAGUUCUUAUAUCAUGCUCGAAAUAAACUGCAGCAUACUGAGGGUUGUAUUACAAUUAGCUUCAUAAUACAACAAUAUUUUCUUCUUUUUUUGUGUGUAUAUCCAACUGUAAAAAAUGUUAAAAAGACUAUAGGAAGAAAAUCUCAUCGUGGAUAUUUGUACAGUGCAGGACAGUGGGAAGUUCAAGAAGGAAGGGGUGGGGGGGGUGGGGGGGUAUUGUCAGUCUUUUCUUUGUUUUCUUCGCGUCUAGUGAAUUCUGUUAAGGUCGUUUAUCACAGCAUAUGAUGUAGCCAAAAUGAAUACCUGUGUCCGAGGGUUGUGAACAUUUCCACACCAUAACAGGUGCUAUGUAAACAGUGUUGAAUCCUGUCCUGAGAGCAAGCCGUGCAUUUAGUUACUUUGUUUGUUAUUUUCCUGUUUCUACCCAUGACCUGCAGAAGCCCAAAGCUGCAGCCACAUGUAGCACGGCGAGGUCGAAUCCGUAGACGGCGGCGAGAGCAGGGUUUUUAGGCUCAUUCCUCUAGAAGCCAUUUGUUUCUCGAGUAAAAACAAUAAGCUAUCUUUGUAUAUUGCCAAAUUACUUGAAACAAACAGUAGGAUAUGCUGGCAGCCAAAUCACAGCACGCACAUGCACACACACACACUCAUAUACAGUAUAUAUAUAUAUAUAUAUAUAUAUAUAUAUAUAUAUAUAUAUAUACUCCAGUCACCUACAUAGAUAGAAUUAAAUAAUACCAGGGAUCUGUGUUAAGCUCUGCUGUUUUCUUGAAAUGAGCUCGUGGGGCUUGUUAUGCAUAUAUAUAGAAUCACUCAGGGGGGGGGAAAGGGAGGCUUCCCAUUUAAAUAACAUCAAGUCACAUUCUAAUGGUAUUUUAACAUUUCUUGAUUGAAAAAAAAACAGUAAUGCUUUGUGUUUGUGAACUUGUAUCCUGUGAACUUUUGGCCGUUGCGAUGAAGAGGAGGAAGCAACAGAAAUGUCAGACUCCACGCGGUCUGUUAUUUUUCGUUUUGCUGUCAUAGCCGUUUCUCCUCUUGUCGGACUCGUGACACACAUACACACAUCCCCUCACGGACACGCCUGGUGCUCCCGCAGGUGACUUCCCGAGUAAGUGAGUGUGUGUAUGUGUGUCUGUGAGCGCGUGUGUGUUUAUCUGUCGUGUGUAUUUUCUGUUGAAUUAAUCUCGCAAGGACGUGUAACCCCUCACUAUCCCUCAUGGUGCAUACAGCACAGCCGACUGUAUGCGUGCAUGUAUUUAUGCAUUAUGAACUGUGUGAAAUGCAUAUAUACUCGCUGUAUGUCUUUAUGUAGGCUACUUGUGUAGUAUUUGACCCUUGGAUUUUGUGAUACCUCUAAAGGUUAAGUUGAAGAAAUAAUGAACAACCAGGUAGAAGGGAACACUGUUACCAGUGAUUUAAUUGUUGAAACCAGAUUUUGAAAAUGGUGGAACGCACCAUUGACGUAGCAUCUGGACACCCUGGUACCCCAUCUCUGUCCGGGGUAGUGACAUGAAGUGUGUGACCCACUGUGUAUAAAGUGUACAGAUGUGUGUAUAUCACUUUGAGGCCAAGGGAGAGGCGUGCGCGUGCAUGGUUGCCUAGAAUGAUCUACCGUGCUAUCUGAGGUUUAGUGCAUGACUUAGCUGUACCCCCCUUGACCCUGCCAAUGGUGCCGUCCCUCGACAGAAAUUGUAACACAGAGAAGGACCCUGUAUCAAACGCACACUCUGUCUCAAUUUUUUUAAAUCAGGGCUUACAGAGCAGCACUUGAACCACCCUCCUGCAUUUGAGGGGUUUAUUAUUACAAGUGUGUGAACAUUGACACAGACACGGGGCAAAGCCUCUUUUAACGGACGUUCCUCAGCCUAGCACUUCUAUUUAUUCCACCUGGGGUGGAGUAGGCUCACGUCCCGGUGCUUUCAGUGAGCCGCUAGUUAUGAACUUGACACGUUUGAAGCAUCACCCGACAACGAGUUGGAAUUUCCUACAUCAUGUCACAUUUCAAAAUUGUUGUUUUUUUGUUUUUGUUUUUCUGGGGGGGUAGGGGUAAUCCUGAGCCAUCACCCGAACUGCUAAGCAUUUGAAUGUAUCCACACAGACUGUGCAGAAUAUUGCUUUAAUCCUCCUGUGAAGACUGACAAGGUGAAUCCAGGGAAUGCUCUAAUCCCUUCUAUUUAAAGAAGGGGUUAUAGAUCCCUGAUAAACUGCAAAGGGGAUUCUCAAUCGCAGGAGAGUGUUGCUUACAUUUUGUACAUUCAAUGCAUUCAAACGUUUUUUUGGCUUUUCGGGUAGAUAGUUUAGUCACAGUGGAUCAGGCCUUCCACACAGUCAGUCAGUGCUACUACUUCAUUGAAGUACAGGUCUUCUCUUCUUGUGCUCAACACACACACACCUGCAGCACAACACGUGCAACUUUAAUGCUGAGAAAAACAAUAAAAACAAUAAAAACAAUAGGAGAGACAUACCACUAGUUACCUUAAUCACCUUUUUGGACGUUUCCUUUUCAUGAUCUUGAACCUUUUCCAUCCUUGUACAGAGGCCCAGUCCAGCUCCCAUCCAUACGCCCUCUGAACUUUGCCCUUUAUUAAUCUUGCUUCUUCUCGACUUGAUGUUAGUGGGUAUUUUUCCUGUGUAUUCCAUUUUGAAUUGUAAUCUAGUUUGUAUAAGAAAUGGCGCGCAUGUAAAUAAAGCUUGGUGAGGCUCCACACCC